GUUAAGCAUGUCGCGCUCCUUUUUUGUGGAAUCACUCUUGCGCACCGACGACAGUUCGCCAAUUCGGUCGGAGGAAUGUGCAAAUAUCUCUCAAGGAUUGUACACGAGAUUGCCCACAUACACGGAUUACACCAUCGAGAAUUAUCUCCUGAGUCUCGGCACGCUGACCCACUCACUACCUCGAGAUACCUGGGCGCCGCCGGCUCCUUAUACGCCCACUUACAUGCCCAGAUCGCCGCCGACGCCCCCAGAGAAGUCUCCCAAUGAGGAGAGCUCCGUAAAGAGGGCCCGAACAGCCUUCAGCAGCGCUCAGUUGCUGGAACUCGAGCGAGAGUUCGCGACGGAUAUCUACCUCACUCGCCUGCGCAGGAUUCAAAUCGCCAACUCACUGAAACUGUCGGAGAAGCAGGUGAAGAUCUGGUUCCAGAAUCGCCGCGUUAAGAGAAAAAAGUGUCCAACCGAAUCGACUCCAGGAAAAUUGUGUCCUAGUCACGCGUGUCUGUGCACAUCUCAGGGAAAUUCUCAUUCAACACUUCACUGAAGAUUUCAUAGCAUUUAUCUCUAUUCU